CCGCUGACAGGGACGCAGCCCCCGCCGAGCCGGGCGGCGCCGGGGGCGAUGUUUCCUCUCUGGAAGGCCGUUCUCUCGGAGAGUCUCUUGGGUUACAUUUCUUGGUCUCUUUACCAUGCACUGCCACCAAUGAUCUACUACUUCCCACUUCAGACACUGGCACUCACAGGCAUAGAAGUUUUUGCUGUUGCCUUCUUUUCCCCGAUACUCUUGACAAUUGGCCCGUUUUGGAGGCUGGCUAACAAUGAGUAUGUCCUGGCCUUUCUGAGGUUAAUUAUGGUUGGAAGCUUAGCAUCAUACCAUGCACCAAAUGCUUCAAUUAGACUGCUCAUCUUGGCUGCUGGUGUUUCUUCUUCAUUGCUAGCUCAAACAGUAACGUGGUGGUCAGGAAACAGUUUACAAAGGUUCAUCAGGAUAUGGGGCUUCAUGCUAGGCAAGAUAAUGCUCCUUGUUCUUCGUAUCCUGUACACAUCACUUAAUCCAGUCUGGAGCUCACAAACUGCCAAUACUCUCAUACUGACAAUUGGUUUUGUAGCAGCAGUGGAGCGAAUUCAUUCAGGUGGAGAAAAGAGGAAACAAGAAACAAACAAAACUGGUAAUGUGGUUAGAGAGACUGCUUCCCAUCCUCAUUGGUUUUUAUCAGGGAUUGCUUUUGGCAGCCUCAUGUUCCUCACUCUGUGGAUCUUCGGGGAGGUUUCAUUAAUUUCUAGGUGGGCAGUAAGUGGACAUCCCCAUACAGGUCCAGAUCCUAAUCCAUAUGGAGGUACAGUUCUGUUGGGCCUUGCUCAUGGACUGAUGCUUUCAUUUUGGAGCUGGUCUUCCAUCAUCAGUUUUGCCUUGUUUAUCAUAGGUUUGGCAUCUUCAGCUGGUCUCCUUUAUUUACAUACCUGGAGUGCUGCUGUUGCAGGCAACAUUCUUGGUAUCUUUACCAUGUGUGUGUGGCCUCAACUAGCUGGACGCUUUGUCAGCUGUUUGCAUCCUGGGAAAGCCAUGAGUACAGCCAUGUUUGCUUAUGUUCUUGAAUUAUUCUUCUGUGUCUGGUGUACAGCUUAUAAAUUUGUACCUGGAGGAGUUUACAUUCGAGAAAGUUCCCAUCUUCUUCUAGGUUUUAUAAUGUUAUGUAUUGGGGUAGACUUUCUAACAGGACCCAAGAAAGACCUUAGCUCUGUCUUUGAAGUGAAAAGCAAUCAAAAACCAUUCUUCAAAAGGAGUAAAAACUACAUUAAACUAUUAUUGUGGCUGUUUGUUGGUGUCGGCUUGCUUGGAUUGGGUUUACGUUAUAAAACUUACCAGAAGAAGUUGGGCCAAGGGGUUCCAAAAAGAGAUUUCUCUGCUAUGAUCUGGCCAUUUAGAUUUGGAUAUGACAAUGAAGGAUGGUCUAAUUUGGAAGGAUCAGCUAAUUUGCUUAAUCAGACAGAAGCAGAUUUUAUCACUAUUAUAGAGAGUGAUGCCUCUAAACCAUUCAUUGGAAACCAUGAUCCAACAAUGUGGCUAGGAGAAAGACUGGGAUUUUAUACAGAUUUUGGUCCAAGCACAAGAGAUCACACUUGGGGGAUUAUGGCACUGUCUAGGUAUCCAAUUGUAACAUCAACCCAUCACCUCCUUCCAUCACCAGAGGGAGAGAUUGCACCUGCCAUCUCCCUGACUGUCAACUUCACAGGGAAGCUGGUUGAUUUUGUUGUUGCUCACUUCGGAAAUGAAGAAGAGGACUUGGACAGAAAACUCCAAGCAAUAGCUGUUUCAAACCUACUGAAGACUAGCUCUAAGCAAGUUGUAUUUCUAGGAUAUAUCACUUCAGCUCCUGGAUCCAGAGACUAUACUGAAUUAAUAAGAAAUGGAAAUGUGCAGGAUAUUGACAGUACAGAUCGGGACAGAUGGUGUAGCUAUAUUAUGUAUCGUGGAGUAAUUAGGCUGGGUUAUGCCCGUAUAUCUCAUGCUGGUUUAAGUGAUUCUGAAGUCCAGAUGGCCAAAUUUAGAAUCCCAGAUCACGUGGACAGCUAUGUUGACAAUGACAGAAUUGUCACUGAUCCCAGUCAAGUUCCUGAGGACAUCCAUUUCAAUCCCAGGUUUGGAUCUUAUAAAGAUGGACAUAAUUAUAUGCCUAUUCAUCACUUUCAUAUGAGCACUCCUAAAUAUUUUAAACGGACAAAUUAGAGCAAGAAAAUAAAAAUUGAGACCAACAAGAAAGGUUUGUUGCUUGAAACUGAAUUGGCAGCCAAAAAGACUACACUGUUUAAGGAUGAGCAACUCGCAUGCUGCACAACACUGUGAAUGUCUAUGUAAUAACUGGUGACUUUCCUCUUUAAUGAGCUGCUAUCGCUGUGAGGGAGGGAAGACGCAUGAAUUCUGGUAAACUGGUAUCUACCCUGGGCAGAUACCUGCUUUGUAUGCAACAAAGCAAGGGGGGGAACUUGCUUUGGCAGCAACUUCUUCAGCUUUUGUGGAGGUAUCAUAUAUCAUGAAGUUUCAGAGUGCUAUUGCUGCUACUGCAAUAAAAAGCUUGGCCUUAGGUUUUUCAAA